AUGCUAUGGACGGCUGAGCUGCAAGCGCGGCAGUUUGGUGUGCGUGGGUCCACGGACCCCUUAGACAAUGCCCAGCUGCCUCUGCUGGCCACCAUGCAGUUUGACGGCUUCACCAAUCAAGGCGAGAAGGUCUUCAAACUGGUUAAGUGGCCCAAGGAGUACCAUGAGGACCCCAUGGUCCUUGCGAACGCGUUGAGACUGUCAUUGCAGGCAGUUUCGGGCAAUCGGCGGCGCCAACCUGCCGCUAUCAAGCCUAACAGGUGGUACCAGCUCCUCUCUCCGCCGGCACAGUCCUGGGCGGGCUUCGAGAUCCAGCUGGCGCAGCUCGUAGAGCAGCUGAUCCUGCGUGCGCGCGAGGCAACCGGAUGGUUGAAAGAAAGGUUAAGGGCUGAAAGCUAUCAGAAUCUAUUGCUUCUGUUACUAUGGGGAUUACAGGGGUAA